AUGCCGAGAAUCCUAUGUCUACAUGGCUAUGGCACUUCUGCCGCCAUCCUGCGACACCAGCUGGGACCCUUCAUGGCUGCUGCCGACCCCAGCUAUGAGUUUGUCUUCCUAGAGGGGGAGACGGAAUGCCAGAAGGCUCAAGGUGUGGGCAAUUUCGUCAAAGGCCCGUUCCUGUGCUACAAUGGCAGCUUUGCACCGGCCGACAUCCAACAAUCCUGCGAUCUCAUCGACGACUUUGUCGAGGCCGAAGGCCCCUUUGAUGGCAUUCUAGGCUUCAGCCAGGGCGGUUCCGUAGCCCUGACAUACCUCCUCCAACGCCAGCUCGACGGCCAUCUGCCUUCCUUCCGGUUUGCCAUUUUCCUGUCGACGGUGGUGGCUUUCUCCCCGGACGAGACAUUCGGCAGCCACCUGCUCGCCAACCUCACGGAUCGCGAGAUCCGCCUUCUGGACUCCUACCCCACUGCGGACCUGUCCUCCCUGCAUCCGCUGACCCGUGCCCUGUGCGAGACGACUGCAAGGACCUUCUACUCGGCCAAGACCGGAGGCUUUAUCGCGCAGGACACCAAAGAGUCCAUGUUUGCCCGUCGCGAUGACCCAGCCCAGCCGCGUGUUUUCCAUCCGGCUCUGGUGAAGGAUCGCAUUCCCAUCCCCACUGUGCAUAUCACCGGGAAGAAAGACCAGGCGAUGAUGGUGAACCUGUCCGUCCUGGUGCAGGGCCUAUGCGAUCCCCGGUUGAUCCGCUCGUUGACCCAUUCCGGAGCCCAUGAUGUGCCUCGUCGUCCGGAUGAUGUGCGUGCAGCAUGUGCUGCGGUGGACUGGGCGAUCCAGCAGAGCCAGCAGCAAUAUAUCUGCUGGAAUAGUGCCUACUGUGCGAGUGUUCCCUACUCGCCCGAAAUGAAGCUAUUCAGACACAUACAAAAGAGAUAUUAUUAA